AUGGUGACCGGCUACUUGUUUCUCUUGUUGCGAUCCGCACUGUUUUCCGACACUGCGUAUUCCUUCGUGGUGGACUGGCCCGUUGAUCCGAUUGUGGAUUCCAACACCAGUACAACUUGGAGUUUGAUUGCAUCGCGCACUUAUGUAGGAAGCUGGCUGGAGAUCCAGCGCUUUGAAAAUUGGGUGCACUACCUGCGAGACUUCGCCUUCAUGGAGUCAGCAUCGACGUCCAUAAACUCCUUUCAAGUCAGUGCAGGAAAUUCAACUGACGUGUCAAUGGCAGAGAGUCUUCAUGAGUUCGAGUUUUCAAUCAAUUUGGGCGCUUCCGGAUUGGCUGGGGGUGGACGCUUGAGAUUGAUUGCCUCACCACUCUUGGGAUGGAGCAGUGAUCCCUCAAGGCCUGUGAACACCAGCAUCCUCCAAUCCAUUUGGCUGAUGGACGCCUUUCGCUAUUCAGGACCAUGGCGUCAGACUCGAGGAUGUGGCGGCUUUUGGCCUGGAAGUCUUCCUGGUGAAACUCAAUGUAGUAUCAUGGAAUAUGGCCCUGCAGGAGGCCCUGCAUAUGGCCUUCAGUUACAGAUUCCGAAUCGAUCCGCAUUGCUCGCAAACCGAGCUUACACCUUCACCUUGGCAGUGCCGGGCAUUCAAUCAUUUCAAGCAGUUGUGCACUGGGAAGCCAUCGCCUUUCAGCGUGUGUCAGAUGAUGUCUACGAAAGCAGCGCUGUGCUUCGUAGCAACUCUGCAAUGCUGGGAGCCCCUGUCGACAAAGCUCACCUUUGCGCGUCUUGUUUGUCGCUCAAUGUGCUCUACGGCAGCUACACUUAUCCCGCUCCAAUCGGGAGCAUCAUAGCGACAGUGGAGCUAGAGCUGGAGUUGAAGAUCUUCGCCUACAAUGCCUCGGUGGUUCUGAGGUUGCUCCCUCCAUUGGGCCCUUUGGAGACCUGCGAAGCGCCUGGCUUAGGCCAGGCUACCAUGGGGGCUGCGAGUGAGGCACGAUGGCAGGGAGACUUUGUGCUGUAUCCUCAUGUGUCGUACGUGGCAUCCUGCUUGCUUUACAAUGGGCCGAAUACCGUGGCAUAUAGCUCUUGGAGCCUCACCGUGGAAGCUCCAGUGGGUGGCACGGAGACCAUAAACUUCGAGGCAAACGUGACAUCAACGAAGUAUUUGGUGAUUCCAGUUCUAUCUGGCGGACAGGUUUUGCCACUGCACCCUUUGCUUGGAAGGUGGCAAGUUCUAUUGGUGCGUAUGGUCACACCUGUCAGAGAUGGAUUCUCUUUGCUUCACUGGACUGGCACGGCACAUCAGCUUCAGCUGGUCAUGCCGGUAGGCUUCUCCUUUGGUUUCGAAGGGCACGGCGCAUGCACCAACUUUCGGCCGGUGACGUCGGCACUUCCGCCGUUGCCUUUUACUUCUUGUGAAACAUCUGCAGAUCUACCAGGCAUCAGGAUCAUGAUUGAUGGCAAUGAAGUUGGCUUUGAGCCGGAGCGAAGCUAUGCGUUCCAAGUCUCGUUGGAAAAUCCAAGGAGCUUCCCAUUGCAGAAUCACUGGUCUCUCCGGCUUGUAGACGACAACAACCUGCUGGUAGCACAGAUGGAAGACGUGCCAUCGGUUUUGAGCUCCGUCACGGCGGCUUUACGACCCAAUGAUCCAGAUGAACUCUAUGAUACCUCCUUUCGCCUCUUUGAGAAACCAAUUUUGAUCCAUGCCAUCCUUGCUGAAGACGCUGCAGCUGGUCGGAGCACUAGACUUCAAAUCGAGUUCACUUUGUCAACGCCAUUGAGCCUCGGAGAUGUUUUGGUUCUGACAGCACCUUCUGCUUUCCGUUGGCAGCCAGUGCUGUAUGACCCCUCCACGCAAGUGGCUGCUACCGCUUUUCCAGCUGGACUACCAGAGGUCCCUGCCUUUGCACCGUGGAUGCUCCGCGUGGACAUUCUUGGGAUCGCCUUGGCGGACAUUAAUUAUGUGCUGGUGGCGAACGUCACCAACCCGGAGGCAUGGAGUAGUGUUGAUAUGGAUAUGAACUAUUGGCAGCUGGAGAGCCUCUACAAGCACACAGCAUUCUCCCGUGGUGAAAGCCGAAGAGACACGGGCGUCAAAAAAGGCUACGAUGUCAUCGGGUUCCUGAAGCAUUGCUUGGCCCGAACUUCAAAUCGACUUCGCGGCUUUGAGACAUGGGUCUCUUUGACCUUUCAACUGUCAGAGCCUCUUGGUCUUCAAUCCUGGCGUCAAGCAGAUGCACCAUCAAAGCUUCGAAUAGCACUUCCAAACGGCUUCCAACUUCCGGACGAGACUUCCUGCUCAAGCUUUCUCCAACGGUAUGCGGAUCCAGAGAAUCCUCAACUUCCUUCGUUGCAGUUUCCACGGAGCUAUGGACCACUUCCAGAGCUCAACCAGUUGGUCUGCAGUGUGACCCAGAGAACGGUCCUAGACAUCGAAUUGGGAAGCUCUCCCUUACUGCCCAACCUUGUCUAUGCUUUUCGACUUCGUGUGCUAUCUCCGAAGUUGGAUCAAGUUCGUGGCCGUUAUUGGUCGCUUCAAACGUUGACCUCCGAAGGAGUGGUCAAGGAGAGCUGUGCAGUGGAUUUAUGGGACUCGUCAGGACUUCUUCCAGACGUGGCCCUGCCAGCCGUGUACGACCAAGACAGGUCUGGGACUCCAACCUUGACGACGGCAUACCCUAUCAGCCUGGCACAUCUUCCUCAAGGGCCAAUGACGCUGGUGGUACAAGCCUCUGAUGGUUUUUCGUUCCCUUACAACUGUGUCAGAGAGUCGAUGGUGACCUGCGUUGGCAGCAGGGCUGUUGCUACACUGUCCGUUGGAGCUGACGUCUCAUUGAUCACACUAAAAGUCCGAAUGCCAACAUGGAAGGCAAGCGAAAGUCCUUGGUCGCUCACCUUCUACGGAAGUGUUCAAGAGGAGCUCCAAACGCUGGCUAGUCCGAUUAUCCAAACACCUUUGGUGAGAAUACAAUCUCCCUUGAACACAUUCCGCGCGGAACCUGUCCUGCAGUCGGCCGUAUUGAAUCUGAGAACCUCAAAGACUAUACCAUCAGGCGGUUAUAUUGAACUGUCAUUGCCAGGUUCUGCUUUUGUCUUUGUCCCGGAGAAGCCCUGUUCCAGUCUCGGCGAAGACUUUCAGACGUUGCAGCAGCUGGAAUCCAGCUCUCAUGCUGAUGCGACGGUGAUACCACAAGGAUGCACUGAGGGCAGCCUUACCUGCUCCAGACCUUUGAUCUUCAGCUGCCAAGUUCCAGAGGCGACACGUUUGCGUGUCCAGGUAGCUGAGACCUUAAGCCCAGGAAGCUACUGCUUGGACUUUGAGGGCCUCGUUCCUGAUGGUCGCACCGUACCAGAAUUCCCGGUACAGCUGGUGACUAAAGAUGCAGAUGGCUACACGCUGGAGAUAGCGCCCCUUCUGGGUCAAAGCUCACAAUCAUUGUCUGGCAUGGCGCCUGUGGUACAACGUGCGGCACAUUUAUCAUUGUGUUAUCCAUCGAGACUGCCGAGUGCAGAUCCAGCUCAGUUGGUACUUCGUCUGGCUUUCAGCUCGUUAUUGCUCUCAUCGAACCAGCUGUCCCUAUUUGCUCGGCUUUGCUUUGCUGGGGUGGAUUUCGGGGCCACGAAUGGCACUUUGCCCUGCAACGUGGUGUCUCCAGAAGAUGCCACUGUCUCAUGCAGCAUAAUUCCAGGCUGUACAUGUGUGACUCUUCAGAGCAGCCGAGACUUGUUCCUGCCCUUUCAGCAGGUGGCGAUUUCGCUUCCAGCAAUCCUGGCACCCAGUGCCAUGCCUGGCCUUGACCUGGAACUCCUGGGACAGCUUGGAGAGUCAAGAUUCAUUUUGCAAGCGGCAAGCUAUGUGGCGUCCUUGCCAAUUCUGCCGCUUUUGCAGCUAUCCAUCACAGCCACGACACCCAUUCUGGAUGGCUUCUUUGCCCAGCUGCAGCUAGAGAUCCCCAACGCAUCAUUUACAGACGUUUUGGAUGUUUCUUUGCCAGUGGGCCUCUUUGUGGACACAUGCAGCCCGGUGUGCUUGAAAGCUCCUCAAAGCGAUGCAUCUCCAGAGCCAGUCUGGCGAUUUUUUGGGAUGGAUGAAGUCACCAUCUUAACCAUGGAGUUGUAUGCAAGUAGCCCACUGAGCGCACAGAACUUUUGGCGCGUGAUCCUCCGCGACAAGGAUUUGCAAGCGACUUCUGCAGUGACCUUGCAAGGCUUUUCCGUGGCGUAUUCAGCUUCAUUGGAUGUGGAUGUGUCUUCUCAGCGAGCUGGCUCAUUAUUCUCAAAGAUGGUCCUCACCUUUGCACUCACAGCAGGGCUGCCAGCUGGUGCGCUUUUAUACAUUCAGCUUCCAGCCAUGGUUUCGGAGCCACAAGAAGUUGAGCCAGGCGGUCUUUUUCAGCAUGCAUCAUCGACCCGUCUGAACAUGACCAACGCCGUGUUGUUUAUCACAGUACAGAGUUUGUCCACUGGAGUCAACUAUGCCAUCAGCUUUCCGAUGGUGAACCCGAUUUUGAGUCCUGAAUCCAACCACUUCAUCCUGCAGACAUACCUGCCUGAACUGCAAGAAAUCCACUCCAUUGGAACCAGCGAAGGAUACCAAGUCUACGGCGAGUUUGAGUCAUUCGGACUUCUCAGCAUGUCUUCUGUUCCAGAGAUCUUGACUCCAUCCAUGAUCCAGUUCAGAUUACGUACCCCUUUUCCAAGCUCGGCGGAUUCUGUCCAACUGCGCCUGGUUGCGGAAGCCAACAGUUUUGAUGCGCAAAGCUGCAUAGUCGAUGUUUUGAAGCCAGGGACGAGCCUUCCGAAGAUAACAUCGAUUUUGCUCAUGCCAGAUGACUGUUUGGUGGAUGCCGAUGGAGCUCGUGCGGACUAUAUGUUUGCACGGGUCUUCCUCGCCAAGACCAAUUAUUACUUCUGGAUAUACACCCUGAAUCCAAUAUCCCAGACGCGCACUUAUGCAGCAAGUACCAUCUUCAACGACCAGCGUGUCCAUGAGACGUCCUUUCGGUCCUCACGGUCUCAGUUGCUUGGUGCUGUAAUUCCUGGAUCUUAUGCAGCCAAUGUGACGCACCGAGCAGUGUUGAAGAUCUUUUCUGCAAGCGGCCUGCAGGGACAGCGGGGAUCCCUGGAGCUGCAACUGCCCCGAGGUUUUGGUGUCUCUUGUGAAGACUUUCGUCCGCGUGGGACUCUGCCAACAACUGCGCGAUGCAGAACUUUGCAAGAAACGGAGAGUUCAGGAGCUCGUCUUCAGAUAUAUUGGAGAUCAUUGUUUGGGGAAAGUGAGUUGAAGCCACCCUUCGAAGUUGCUUUCACUCUGAUGAAUUCCAAUACAACCGGCACUGAUACGGAUGACUCGGAUGACGGAUGGAUGGCCACUAUGUAUGAGGGUGAGAAUCAAGACUUUGCUGUGGAUUUUUCAGGGCAUGCUGGCCUGAAGACCUUCGCGGUUUGCCCUGCAUUCCUGGAAUUUAGCCUUCGCAGAGAAGACGCAUUUACGAUCUCCAUAGUUAUGCGAACAGGAGUGGAUGUCCCAGCUGCUUUUGACAUCCUCUUCCGCGUGGAGCUUCGUUCCUCCCUCUCAGCCCCAGCAGAAGUCUAUUGUCCAGAAACCUCCGUUUGGCAGCCUCGGGAGGAACUGGUUGGCCACGUCAGUAGUACUGCACAGGGACUUCCCAGAUACACCGUAUGCGUACAAGAGCCGCGGGCGACGACACCUGCAGACUAUUUGAGCAGUGCCUCUCAGCAUAUUUCUGCGGUCCUUUUCCAUUUGCCCUACAGCCGCUUCUAUGGCCAACAAGCUGAGUCUCAAGGACUCGAGGUUCGGAUGCAGCGAAGCCAAAUGGCGUUUGCUCCCAUGGAGCCAUCACCCAAUGAGGCUUUGGCUGAGCGGGUCAAUGUGAACCUGGAGUCGCAAGGGCAGCGUAUCUCCUGCGCUUCGCUGCCCUUGGGCCAAGUCGCCCUGGUCGACGCAUCCUCAACGGACCCAACCGGCGAUCUCGGUGAUUUGACAGCCGAUGUUGCAGGGAGUUCAGCCACUGGUUAG